AUGGUAUUCAUGGGGACACCGAAACGGAAGCUCACUUUUAAUAUUAGUGAUGAUCAUCCGCUUCAUUACGCCAGGCGCACCGCUGAUGGCGAUUGGCAGUUUGACAAUCAUUACGCCCUCCAGUAUUUUACUGAGAGGAAGGUUUUUCGUUUAUCAGAAAUGUAUUUCCAGCCGACUGAUUGGUUGGCUGCUGUCUUGGCGGAAGGUUGGGGAAAGGGACAAAAACAGCGUGAAGGGAAUCGCAACAGAGAAUAG